AUGAAGGUGGUAAACGUGAGGAAGAGGAAAAAAAUUACCAACAUGCACUCCGUAAUCCUGCUGGUGCUGUCCUUCUUCUUGUCCUUCGGGAGAGGAAUGGACUACUACAAAAGGCUGGGGAUUAAGAGGAACGCCAGCAAGGAGGACAUCUCCAAGGCUUAUAGGAAGCUGGCCAAGGAGUACCACCCAGAUGUGGCUCCAGAUAAGGAGAAGGAUUUCAUAGAAAUAGCUAAUGCGUAUGAGACGCUAUCCGAUCCGGAAAAGAGGAAAAUGUAUGACUUGUAUGGAGAGAACUACGCAGAUGGAGCAGCCGGGGGUGGGGAAGGAGGAGGGCCAGGAGGCCCAGGAGGGUUUGGAAGUGGCUUCCACUUUGACCAGGAUGUUAUAAAUGAAAUAUUUAGACAAUUCGCAGGAGGAAAAGGAGGGGGAGGAGGCAAUCGUGCAGGUAACUUCCAUUUCAAGUUUACCUCCUCAGGAGGGGGAGGAGGAGGGUUCCCCAAUUUUGGUCACCACUUUGAGGAUGAAUAUGAAGAUAUAUACAAAAAUGAAGUGUUAAAAAUAAAUUCGCAAAAUUAUGACAAGGUAGUAAAUGACAUCACAUACUGUUUGGUAAUAAAUUUUUACUCUCCAUCAUGUUCCCACUGUAAAUCUUUCAAAAAAAAGUUUUUAAGAUUUUCAAAAAAAUAUGAUGGGUACUUAUCCUUCUCUGUAGUUAACUGUCAAGAGGAAAAAAGCAUCUGCAGAAAGUACAAUGUGAAGUCCCUUCCCCACAUCAUCUUGUUAAAAAAAAAUAAAUCUUUUGAAACAUUUUAUGGAAACAGAACGGAAGAAAAUUUAAUAAGUUUUAUUGAGGAGAAUAUACCCUAUGUAUAUACAGAUAUAACUGGGCAGAAAAAAUUGGACGCUUUUUUGGUGAAGAAUGUAGAAACGCCGAAGGUGAUUUUCUUCAUCUCGUAUAAUGAUGACAUCGUCAUGUUGAAGGCACUCUCUAUGGAAUUUGAAAAGAGAGUAAACAUAGGGGUCAUUUACAGCUCCAAUUAUAAUAUGAUGCAACUUUUUAAUAAAAGAAAUGUGAGGACUCCUUCCAUUUUGCUUGUAGAAGAUAUUGAUAGUCUCUCUGGGGAUUUGACUUUUCUAAAAAAUUUUGACUUUAACAUAUUGUCCCUCAAAUUGAGUCAUAUCGUAGCCCAGAAUCGGCUGAAAAAUAACUUGUAUGGGCAUGUAACUUCCUACCAGGAGCUGACUAAGAAAAAGUUUGAGUCUGGUCAGUGCCAGGAGAAAGACUCACAGAUUUGCUUCCUCAUUUUGAAGCUACUGAAACAAAGUUACCACAAAUUCGAUGAGGAUAUUAAAAAUGUGGCGGGCAAGUUUUCCAAAGACCCUCUCAAGAUCAUGUAUGUGAAUGUGUUUGAGCAGCCGCACAUUUUGGACUCCUUCGGGCUGGCCAAUGAGUGCAGACACGCCAACUGCCUCUUCCUCGUCGCCUUCAGGCCCAAGCGGCAGAAGUUCCGGCUGCUCGACGGCGAGGUCAACGUCAACAGCGUGCACAAGUUCGUGGAGGACGUGGUCAGCGGCGGGCUCUCCAUCAACCAGGCCGUCAAGCGCGGCCUCCGCUUCGUCAGCGCGCCGCACUACUCGGACGAGCUGUGA